GUGCUUCCGGAUCGCAGCCAUGGCGGUGGCAAAUUCAAGUCCUGUCAACCCCGUGGUGUUUUUUGAUGUCAGUAUCGGCGGCCAGGAGGUUGGUCGCAUGAAGAUCGAGCUCUUUGCGGAUGUUGUGCCCAAGACGGCCGAGAACUUUAGGCAGUUCUGCACUGGAGAAUUCAGAAAAGAUGGGGUUCCCAUUGGAUACAAGGGGAGCACCUUCCACAGGGUCAUAAAGGAUUUCAUGAUUCAGGGUGGAGACUUUGUUAAUGGAGAUGGUACUGGUGUUGCCAGUAUUUAUCGGGGGCCGUUUGCAGAUGAAAACUUCAAGCUUAGACACUCAGCGCCAGGCCUGCUCUCCAUGGCAAACAGCGGUCCCAGUACAAACGGCUGUCAGUUCUUUAUCACCUGCUCGAAGUGUGAUUGGCUGGAUGGGAAGCAUGUGGUGUUUGGAAAAAUCAUCGAUGGUCUUCUGGUGAUGAGAAAAAUUGAGAAUGUUCCCACAGGCCCUAAUAACAAACCCAAGCUGCCUGUGGUGAUAUCACAGUGUGGGGAGAUGUAGCCCAGACCAAGACUGAAUCAGAGGCUGGGAAAACCAAGAACUUGAUGCAGGUUCCAGUUUCUUGUGCUUCAACUUAGAGGAGAAAGUGGAAGGGUAAGUGGGCAGUGGGCAGAGAGCACGAGGCUUGGACCUGCUCUCUGAUAACCUGCUCUUGCACUAACUAGUCCAGUCCCAAAUGAGCAAGAGCUCACUCCUGAUAUGCAUUCAUAUUCUCAUGAAGGCCCAUGACCCAGACACCUUACCAGGCCCCAAUGCUGCUCAAUCGAGGAACUGGGUGUGUAACACGUAAACUUCUGGAGAACGCUCAAACCCCAGCAGAUGACUAGAGCAGUUUGUAGUGUACAAGGCAUUAGCCUGCAGACUGCUCAGGCAGUUUCUAGCAGCAGUGUCUAGUUGUGGUUCCAUUUGGUAGCUGUACUGGCUCCCUCCUUGCCUCUUUUUGGAAGUGAUGCUGCACUGACGCUCCAGGCCCUGACGUUCUGUCUGCCAACCUCAUGCCCAGAUCUUGCCCGAGUCAGCCUACAUGCUCCCUUCUGUGCCCUGCCCUGUACUGAGCGGAACGCAGGGUGCAGGAGAUUACGGCAUGCCUCUUGCCUUCAGGAUCCCUGGUCCCCCCAGGUGAUCACUAGCGCUGUGUGUGAGAUUGCAGAGGGAGGCAAUGAGUAGCCAGCAGGUGAAGGACGCUGGGGUUUUUUUCUGUUGUUAUUUUUUUUUUUCAAGGCUGCGGAACAGAAGGUUAACACGUCGAACACACUUAGACCUUUCCCAUAGGUUAACAUGCUUGUCUUACCGUUUUGCCUUGACAUUUGUUUUGUUUCUAUCUUCCUCCUUCCUCUCCCAUUCCUAAUCCCUCUCCUCUCUUGUACUCCUCUUCCUCUCUUUUCCUUCUUUGUUGUGCUUCUCCUUUUCUCCAUUUAAAAGUUGUAGAUUUUUGACAUUCUCUCCCCAAACACUAGGAACUGCUAGAACUAAAGAACAUCCCUGAACACCACAGUAAUGUUCUCUAACACAUAGCACUUGUUCAAGCUUCCCACUUGCCCCGACAGUGAUUGCUGUAGCGUAGAAAGGGGGAAAAUCCAAUUAAGGCUCCCCUGUUUUAUUAGACAAGUAAUGUGAUACAAUCUAAAAACUCACCAAGCAGGGAGAGGGCAGGUCCCCUUUGCCUGCUUGGGUGUGUACAGGAGGUGUGUCCAGCGGAGCCCUUUCCCUUGCCAUCUAGUUUUAGGAGGUUUUCUUUUUCUUAAAUAACAUCAUACUGUGUUUGUCUGUUUUUUCAGUAAACUUGUUAGUUCAUGUAAAAUUGCCUUUGUGUGUAAAAAAACGAAACAUGCUGUCAUACCAACCCCACGAGCUGCUGAUGUCGCACGGAGCCAGUCCUCCCUGCCUGCAGGUCCCAGUUCUGCAGGUGCAACCAACCGCCUGACUAAACACACGCAGACAUCCUUUCUGCUCAUUAUUCUCUGAAUCUUACCACAACUUCCCCUAGCGCUCACAUUGCAUUCAGUGUCAUAAAUAAUCCAGAGAAGACAUAAAGCCUCCAGGAGGAUGAGUGGGUUCCAAGCAAAUAAUAUACCCGCUUAUACGCAGCACAUGGCUGUGGACUUUGUAACCUAAGAGGGUCUAGACUAUUUACCUUUCCUUUAAUGAGUGUCAAUUCUGCAUUUCAUGUAUUAUGAUUGUUUUCUACAAAUAUAUAUAGAUUUUUUUUUAAUUUUAUUUUU